GAUAUUCAUCCCAUCCAUCUUUCCUCUUAUUAAAUAUGCAGAAACCCAAAUCUCAACUAAAAUGACCGUUUACCAUUCAACACUACCCCCAAACUCUGCCGGUAACCAAAUGAACGACGGCGAAUUCUACAGGCUAGCCGAGGUAUGGACUAUUGCCAUUCCUCUCAUUGCUUACUCCUACUAUUUCGCUUCCAAGAUCCCUAAGGGAAUCCCAAGGCUCCUCGCUCUCUUCCCCGUUCUCUUCAUCUUCCUCCUCCUCCCUCUCAAUCUCCGCUCCUUCCAUCUCUGCGGUCCCACUGCCUUCUUCCUCUCUUGGCUCGGCAAUUUCAAACUCCUUCUCUUUGCCUUCGAUCUUGGUCCUCUCUUCUCCUCCCCGCUCCCGAGCUUUCUCCACUUCGCGGCCACGCUCUGCCUUCCCAUCAAGAUCAGCAGCCACAAAUCCGAGAUCCGUAGAAACGGAAAUCCGAUCGUUCUUUGUUUAAAGGUCUUGCUUCUAGCGAUUGUCGUUAGGCUCUACGAUUACCGGAAUCGUAUGGAUCCGGCGAUCGUUUCCGUUCUUUAUUUUCUCCAUUUGUACUUCGGUAUCGAGAUCGUGCUGGCUGUGUGUUCUCUUCCGGGGAAGGCCAUCUUCGGAGCUCCGUUCGAACCACAGUUCGACGAACCCUAUCUGUCCACUUCGCUUCAGGAUUUCUGGAGCCGUCGAUGGAACCUCAUGGUUCCGAGUAUUCUACGGCCGGCCGUAUACGACCCCACCCGUAUCAUAACAUCCCGCGCUUUUGGGCGUAGGUGGGCCCAAUUUCUGGGUAUGGUAGCUACGUUCGUUGUCUCGGGGUUGAUGCACGAGCUCAUCUUUUAUUACUUCACACGUGCCCCUCCCACAUGGGAAGUCACUUGUUUCUUUGUUCUUCACGGCUUCUGCAUGGCCGCGGAGGUUGCCGCUAAGGCCGCCGUGGCUGGGCUCUGGAAUAUCCACCCGAUGGUGUCUGGGCCCAUUUCUUUGGUUUUCCUGAUGGCGACGGCACGGUGGCUGAUGCUCCCUCAAUUGAUUCGAAAUGGUGUUGUCGACAAGGCGAUUGGGGAGUAUUAUGCUAUGGCCCACUUCUUAAAGGGUAAAUUUAUUUAGGUAUUUUAUUCAAUUGUCGGUGAUGGUUGAAGGUGUAAAUCCUACAAAGCUAGAUAGUCCUGAAAUAAUCCCACGUCUUUGCAGUUAAGAAAAGUUGUUUUUUAGUUGUGACAUUAAAUACCUCCGGUGAUUUCAAGAAAAUAUUUGUAGAUUUUUCUGUCUUUUUUGGAGUUUGUAAAUGUGAUAUCACAUUUAAAUAGGACAUUAGUGGAUAAUUUGUUUUUAAAUUUUAUAGAUACUUGGAAUAAAUUCGUUGAGAAUGUCUAUCAUUAUAUUA